GCAGCUCCCUCUGUCGUUUUCUCCUCUUACACGCCAAAUCACACUAAAAUAUUGUAAUUAGGAAGCGCCCACUCAUUAACAGCUAGCUAUACAUACAUUCACUUAUAUGUCUCUCUAGAGAGAGAAAAUAAGAGAGAGAAAGAGAGAGGCCGACAGCCAGUGGCUCUUCUCACUUUGCCCUUCAUUUCUCUCAUCUCCUCCGUAUUUCCCCUUCUGCAUUUCUAUGUGUGGUCCUUCUUUUUUCAUUUGAGGUUCUCUCUGUUUGUCUGCUGUUCGGUUGUAUCCGGAUCUGUGAGAAUCGACCGAGCGUUGGCGGAACUUUAGUUGAUUGCAAAGGAUAUUUAGUACUUCACUUGGCGGAGAUUGCAGUAGCGUUUGGAUCGCGAGGUCUUUCUGUUUUAGCGGCCUUGGGGAUGUCAAAAUCUGAGUGAGGCUCCUUCGUGGCUGAUUGUGAAUCCAUUGCACCCGGGCAGUUAAGCAACAAUGGAAUCUGAAGGAGAAACCAAGGGGAAGACCUUGAAGAACAUGGGAAGUCAGGUCUGUCAGAUCUGUGGUGAUAAUGUGGGCUUGACUGUUGAUGGUGAGCCAUUUGUUGCUUGCGAUGUCUGUGCAUUUCCAGUUUGCAGGCCCUGCUAUGAAUAUGAGAGAAAGGAUGGAAAUCAGUCUUGCCCUCAGUGCAAAACCAGAUAUAAGAGACAUAAAGGAAGUCCUGCAAUUCAUGGUGAUGGAGACGAGGAUAGUGUUGCUGAUGAUCUCCAUUACUCUGAAAAUCAUGGUGACAAGCAGAAGAUUUCAGAGCGCAUGUUGAGCUGGCAUAUGAAUUAUGGCCGAGAAGGUGUUGGCGCGCCAAAGUAUGAUAAGGAGGUCUCUCACAACCACAUUCCUUUGCUUACAAAUGGAACAGAUGUUUCUGGGGAACUGUCUGCAGCAUCACCUGGACGCCUUUCAAUGGCAUCUCCUCCUCCUGGUGGUGGUGGGAAACCUAGGAUUGUAGAUCCAGUGAGGGAGUUUGGAUCCCCAGGUUUAGGCAAUGUUGCCUGGAAAGAAAGAGUUGAUGGCUGGAAGAUGAAGCAGGAAAAGCCUGUUGUUCCAAUGACUACUAGCCAUCCUCCUUCAGAAAGAGGAGCUGGAGAUAUUGAUGCUAGCACAGAUGUUCUCGUGGAUGACUCUCUACUGAAUGAUGAAGCACGGCAACCUCUAUCAAGGAAGGUUUCUAUUCCAUCAUCAAAAAUAAACCCCUACAGGAUGGUUAUUGUAUUGCGGCUAGUGAUUCUGUGCAUUUUCUUACACUAUCGAAUAACCAAUCCUGUACCCAAUGCAUUUGCUUUGUGGUUAAUUUCUGUUAUCUGUGAGAUAUGGUUUGCUAUAUCCUGGAUUCUGGAUCAGUUCCCAAAAUGGCUUCCGGUAAACCGUGAAACGUACCUUGACAGGCUUGCUCUUAGAUAUGAUCGUGAAGGAGAGCCAUCACAGUUAGCUGCUGUUGACAUAUUUGUCAGUACAGUCGAUCCUCUAAAGGAGCCUCCUCUUGUUACGGCUAAUACUGUAUUAUCCAUUCUUUCGGUAGACUAUCCAGUGGACAAGGUCUCGUGCUAUGUUUCUGAUGAUGGUGCUGCCAUGUUGACAUUUGAAGCUUUAUCAGAAACAUCUGAAUUUGCAAGGAAGUGGGUUCCUUUCUGCAAAAAGUACAAUAUUGAACCACGGGCUCCAGAGUGGUACUUUGCUCAGAAGAUUGACUACUUAAAAGAUAAAGUUCAGCCAUCCUUUGUAAAAGACCGUAGGGCUAUGAAGAGAGAAUAUGAAGAAUUCAAAAUUCGCAUCAAUGCUCUUGUUGCCAAGGCCCAAAAAGUUCCUGAAGAAGGUUGGAUCAUGCAAGAUGGUACACCAUGGCCUGGAAAUAAUACAAGGGAUCAUCCAGGAAUGAUCCAGGUUUUCCUGGGCCAAAGUGGAGGUCUUGACAGUGACGGUAAUGAGCUACCACGGUUAGUAUAUGUUUCUCGUGAGAAGCGUCCAGGAUUCCAGCAUCACAAGAAGGCUGGUGCUAUGAAUGCACUUGUUCGUGUAUCAGCAGUUCUUACCAACGGACCUUUCUUGUUGAAUCUUGAUUGUGAUCACUAUAUAAACAACAGCAAGGCCUUGCGUGAAGCUAUGUGCUUUCUGAUGGACCCAAAUCUUGGGAAAUAUGUAUGCUAUGUUCAAUUUCCACAGAGGUUUGAUGGUAUAGAUAGGAGUGAUCGAUAUGCCAACCGCAACACAGUCUUCUUUGAUAUUAACUUGAGAGGUUUAGAUGGCAUUCAAGGCCCUGUAUACGUGGGCACUGGAUGUGUCUUUAACAGAACGGCUCUAUAUGGUUAUGAGCCUCCUCACAAACCUAAGCACAAGAAACCUGGGUUGUUCUCUUCCUGCUUUGGUCGAUCAAGUAAGAAAAGUUCUAAAUCAAGUAAGAAGGGAUCAGAUAAAAAGAAAUCUAGCAAGCAUGUCGAUCCCACUGUUCCCAUCUUCAAUUUGGAGGAUAUAGAGGAGGGUGUUGAAGGUGCCGGGUUUGAUGAUGAGAAGACAUUGCUCAUGUCCCAAAUGAGCCUUGAGAAAAGAUUUGGUCAAUCAGCAGUUUUUGUUGCAUCUACCCUAAUGGAGAAUGGGGGUGUUCCUCAGUCUGCCACACCAGAUACUCUUUUAAAAGAGGCCAUUCAUGUUAUUAGUUGUGGGUAUGAAGAUAAGACAGAAUGGGGAAGUGAGAUAGGAUGGAUUUAUGGUUCUGUCACAGAAGAUAUUCUUACAGGAUUUAAGAUGCAUGCACGUGGCUGGCGAUCAAUUUACUGUAUGCCACCAAGACCAGCCUUCAAGGGAUCUGCUCCAAUUAAUCUUUCUGAUCGUUUGAACCAAGUGCUUCGAUGGGCCUUGGGAUCCGUGGAGAUUUUAUUUAGCAGGCAUUGUCCAAUAUGGUAUGGCUAUGGUGGAAGGUUAAAAUGGCUAGAGAGAUUUGCAUAUGUCAAUACCACAAUUUACCCAGUGACCGCCAUUCCUCUUCUAUUGUAUUGUACACUCCCGGCUGUCUGCUUGCUUACUGGGAAGUUCAUUAUCCCACAGAUUAGUAACCUUGCAAGUAUCUGGUUUCUAUCCCUCUUUCUCUCCAUCUUUGCCACUGGUAUACUGGAAAUGAGGUGGAGUGGUGUCGGAAUUGAUGAAUGGUGGAGGAAUGAGCAGUUUUGGGUCAUCGGAGGUGUGUCUUCUCAUCUCUUUGCCGUCUUCCAAGGGUUGCUCAAAGUGCUAGCUGGAAUAGACACGAACUUCACUGUUACGUCCAAGGCCUCAGACGAAGAUGGAGAUUUUGCUGAGCUUUACAUGUUCAAAUGGACUACGCUUCUGAUACCCCCAACGACUCUCCUCAUCAUAAACUUGGUGGGUGUCGUUGCUGGAAUUUCCUAUGCUAUCAACAGCGGUUACCAAUCAUGGGGCCCCCUCUUUGGGAAACUGUUCUUUGCAUUCUGGGUGAUUGUUCAUCUCUAUCCUUUCCUCAAAGGUCUUAUGGGUCGCCAGAACCGAACACCCACUAUUGUUGUCGUAUGGUCCAUUCUUCUUGCUUCUAUCUUUUCUUUGUUGUGGGUGCGAGUCGAUCCAUUCACCACUAGAGUCACCGGUCCAGACGUUGAACAGUGUGGAAUUAACUGCUAAUUUGGACUCAAAGUUCAAGAGGUAGAUGUGUGAUAAUUGCACGAUUUAUCCACUCACAGACUUGGUGUACGUUUUUGUCCGUGUGAAAUUCACUUUUGUGUAGAGAUAAGAAAGCUAUAUAUAUAUCUUUUUGUUAAUCCUCAAAAGAUUAGAUGAUUAAGGUCGCCCAAACGCUUCUCCAAGGAAUUGUAUGUUUGUAACUAACUAGUAUUCGUCAUCCAUAUUUUAAUGUAUUAAUUUAUUCGUUGAAGUA